UUGUACGGAAUCAGGCCUGUGUGUGUGCGCACAGUGAAGAUCUCAGAAGAGGAGGCAUGGCUACUGUGUCCUCUCACAAGCCUCCACGUUCCUUAUGUCAGGGAGCACGGCUAAGCACCACACCAAGACCACCACCACAGCCUACCACUUCCAGAGGCCAUGGAGGAAGCCAAGGUCACAGAAGUUCCCCACCUGGAGCGGAGGGUCAGGAAGCGGAAAGAGCCCAUGGCCAUCCUGAAGACCAAGCUGAGCCGUAGCCUGUCCUGCUCCAUGCCCAGGGUCAAGACUACCCUGACUGGGUUAUUCCCUGUGGUGCUCUGGCUGCCCAAGUACAAGCUGAAAGAGUAUAUCUGGGGUGAUCUAAUGUCGGGCCUCGUCAUAGGCAUCAUCCUGGUCCCUCAGGCCAUCGCCUACUGUCUGCUGGCCGGAGUAGACCCCAUCUAUGGCCUCUACACUUCCUUCUUCGCCAACAUCAUCUACUUCUUCAUGGGGACCUCCAGGCACGUGUCUGUGGGCAUAUUCAGUCUGAUGAGCCUUAUGGUGGGCCAAGUGGUGGACAGAGAGGUGUAUAUGGCAGGGUUCGAUUUGGAUGACACCAAAGCAGAUGGAAUCUUGAAUGUGACAGUUGACUCAGACAGCUCAGCAGUCAACCUGACCAUGGGGGCCUUCGGCAUGGAAUGUGGGAAAGAAUGUUAUGCCAUCAGUAUCGCAGCAGCCAUGACGUUUUUGGUUGGGAUUUACCAGGUAUUGAUGGCUGUGUUCAGACUGGGCUUUGUCUCCGUCUAUCUCUCUGCUCCCAUGCUGGACGGCUUCGCCACUGGCGCCUCGUUCACCAUCCUCACCGUCCAAGCCAAGUACCUCCUGGGGCUCAAGAUCCCUCGCCACCAGGGCUACGGAACAGUGGUGGUCACCUGGAUCAACAUCUUAAGCAACAUCCAGAAUACCAACUACUGUGACCUGAUCACCAGUGCCAUCUGCAUCUCCGUCCUGGUGGCGGGGAAGGAGCUCCAAGAGCGCUACAAGGACCGUCUUAAGAUCCCCCUGCCCACAGAGCUGGUGGUGGUGGCGAUCGCUACACUGGCGUCCCACUUUGGAGACUUUCAUAGACGGUACGACUCCAAUGUCUCUGGGGCUAUCCCCACAGGCUUCAUCCCCCCUAAGGUGCCCAGUUUUGGGUUGAUGCCCCGGGUGGCCUUCGACGCCAUGCCACUGGCUGUGAUCAGCUUUGCCUUCACGGUUUCCCUCUCUGAGAUGUUUGCCAAGAAGAACGGCUACACCGUUCGCCCCAACCAGGAGAUGAUGGCCAUUGCUUUCUGUAACAUCAUCCCUUCUUUCUUCCACUGUUUUACCACCAGCGCUGCCCUGGCUAAGACUAUGGUGAAAGACUCCACAGGCUGCCAGACUCAGGUCUCCAGCAUUGUGAGUGCCUUCGUCGUUCUCCUGGUCCUACUCUUCUUUGCCCCCCUCUUUUACUCCCUCCAGAAGUGCGUCCUGGCCUGUAUCAUCAUCGUCAGCCUAAGGGGCGCUCUCCGUAAGUUCAGAGACGUGCCCAGUAAGUGGCGCGUCAGUAAGAUGGACGCUAUUGUCUGGAUGGUGACGAUGAGUGCCUCAGCUAUGAUCAGUGUGGAGAUGGGGCUGGUGGUUGGGGUCGUUUUCUCUAUGCUCUGUAUCAUCGUCCAGACCCAGAAGCCCAAGGUUUCUCUGCUGGGACAGAUCCAUGACACUGCCCACUACGAGGACAUGGAGGAGUAUGAAAACCUCAUGUCUCUCCCUAAAGUAAAGAUCUUCCGCUUCCAGGCCCCGCUGUACUAUGCAAACAAGGACUUCUUCCUGAAGUCUCUGUACAAAGCCGUGGGCUUGGCACCCUUCCUGGAGAUGACCAGGAGGAGGAAAGCAGAGAAAAAAGCGGAAACACUGGCAGAGAAGGAGGCUGUGAGAGCCGACAGGACUAAUGGAGAGGUAAAGGUAGUGCUGGGGUCCAGAGAACUUGACUUACAUACGAUCAUCCUAGACUGCUCUGCCAUGCCCUUCAUAGACUCAACAGGGAUGCAAACCUUCAAAGGGAUCCUUAAAGACUAUAAGGAGGUGUGUGUCACGGUGCUGCUAGCGAGCUGUAACACCACGGUCAUAGAUUCUCUCAGACAAGGCUCUUUCUUUGGGAAGGCUGACAAAGACAUGGAAAACUUGUCAUUUUAUACUGUACAUGCUGCAGUUCGAUUUGCCAAUGACAGGGCAGCUUCUACAUCAGAGCUCUCCAACCCUGUUCCUCGAGAGCUACCAUCCUGUAGGUUCUCGAUCCAACUCUAAUCUAGCACAGUUUUUAGUUGAUAAACUGAGUCAAGUUAGUUAAAACUGGGGUUGGAGUAAAAACCUACAGGAGGCUAGCUCUCUAGGAACAGAGUUGGAGAACCCCGAUCUACAUCCAUUGGUGACGCACAGAAGGUUGGUGGCACCUUCAUUGGGGAGGACAGGCUCGUGGUAAUGGCUGGAGCAGAAUCAGUGAAAUGCUACCAAAUACAUCAAACACAUGGUUUCCAUGUAUUUGAUGCCAUUCCAUUGGUUGCGUUCCGGGCAUUAUUAUGAGCCGUCCUUCCCUCCGCAGCCUCCACUGGACCAGAGCCAUAUAUAUCCAAAUAAAUGGAAAUUGAAAUAAAUGGAAAUGGUGUAGACUGAGACAGAAGAACAAGGGUUUUUUUAUAUGAGGGAGAAUGAGUAGUUGAAGAGUGCAGGUGCUUCUACACCUGCAUUCUAGCUGUUCUAGCUGUUUGGGGUUUUAGGCUGGGUCUCUGUACAGCACUUCGAGAUAUUAGCUGAUGUACGAAGGGCUAUAUAAAAAAUAAACUUGAUUGACUUGACUUAAAUAAUGUAUGUAUGCAAGAUUAUGAAAGAUAAAGUGAGCAAACAGCAUCACUGGUAAUUUUGCUCCUCACUUAGAGGCAUCAAUACAUAAUUUUUUACAUUUUAAUAGAUGAAUAUGCUGAUUAAGAAUCCUCAAAUGGAAUAAUGCCAAAAGGGAAGUGUUUGGAGGGAGAUUUUACUUGACUCCUCAAUCAAUACAUAACCUACAGCUACAGUUAACAUUAUAGGAACCUAUUGAACUUUUCAACAACAAAAUAUUCCCUUAAUGUUAUACUUGAAUUAUAAGACAAGCAAGCUUUUGUACAGUGAUGACCAUGUGUUAGUGAUACUGUUAAUGCGCUGGAUGUUUUAGAGGGGAUUUAUGAUUGACCAUCCAAUUAAUAAUCAAGGGAGUAUCAAUCUAUUUUAUGUUACAUUUUGAGUUUGACCAGGACAGAUUCACCGUAACAUAGUACAUUUCGACUUCACAAUUUAUUUUCUAAAACACAACCUAUGGUUACUAAUCCAAUAUGUUACCUCAAGAUUUACAAUAUUAGUUGACUUUUCAGAUUAAUUUUGGAAGUUUGGAAUUUCAUCAAAUAAUUAAAUUCCCAUUUAAUAUUUCUUAAAAUCUGUACAUUUGAGUUAACAAAAGAAACAAUAAUUGUGUAUAUUUAUACAGUAUCUGGAAAUCCAUGGUUUAAUAAACUAUUAAUUUAAAUGA